AUGGUGGAAAAUGGAGAGAAGCACUGUAGGGACUUCCCAGGGAGCUGUGCUGAACAUGGCAAGGUGGAAUGUCAGGGGUUACGGAUGGAAGUGUACAUGCUGCCCUUUGGAGAAGGGUUUGUCGCUGGUCCUAGUGGACUCAAAUUGUGGACUAAUGUAUGGAUAAGGCUAAUCGGCUGGUGGGGUCAUGAAUUCAAAACACGAUUCCUCAUGGAAAACAAAUUACAACUAAGUGAAGGAAUUAAUGCAUUUCGGUUAUCGAAUCCUCCAAUUUUACUGGUCUGUGCUCUGCAAGCUAGUUUAGAGGUUUUUCAUCAAACAACAAUGAAAGCAUUGAGAAGAAAAUCUGUUCUACUCACCGGUUACUUGGAAUACCUGAUAAAACAUUACUACAGUGAGGAUAAAACAAAUCCAGAGAAGCCCUUUGUAAAAAUAAUCACACCAUCUCAGAUUGAAGAAAGAGGAUGCCAACUCACACUAUCUUUUUCCCUUCCAAUCAAAUCUGUGUUUAAAGAGCUGGAGAAGAGAGGAGUAGCUUGUGACAUGCGAGAACCAAAUGCUCUUCGCAUUGCCCCAGUUCCUCUCUACAAUUCUUUCCAUGAUGUGCACAGAUUUAUUGAAAUCCUGGGAUCUGCAAUUACAUCUUCAAAACAAACAGCAAACAAUACUGCACUAUCUGGUUCUUAUUGAUGGCUCAGCUGUAUCUUUUAAUCUAUUUCUGACUAAGAUGCAUUUAUCCCGCUGAGCGAUUCUUUGCUUUGCAUAGACUGAGCUAUAUCCCAUGCAAUUUGCAAAAAAAUGACUGUGCUUGAAUAGUUAUUUACAACAGACAUAGUUUUAUUAAAGCUCAUAUUUCC